AUGCGUGUUGGUUUUCUGUGUUAUUGGCGGUGCGUGCUUUCCACUGUGGUACUCGCAGGAGGUUCGGAUCUUCAUCAACCGUCUCUGGUGUGGGUGGCGCAGAUGACAGGCGCGCUCGUUACCAGCUUUGCAGGUAAGAUGCCACGGCAGACGCGUAUUAGGCUUGGCGCGUUUAGCGGCAUGGUGGACGCUGCACUCUCUCUUUUUGGUGCUUCUGUGUUGCAGGCCCGUACGUCCUCUACUUUUCCACCAUGCUGGUGGGGCUCGUACCCCCGGCAGUGGUUUCCACAGGGACGAAGGUGUUGUGUGGUGACACCAUCUAAACCGGCCGGCGGGACUUUGCGUAUAACCUUAAGUGGGUGA